AUGGACGGCAGGAUAUAUCAUGUUCUUCUACAUUGUCAAAAAUUGGAACAAAUUAAUGAUUAUCUUGUAAAAAAUGGACAGAAAGGAAUUAAACUCGAGAAGAAGUACCAAAACUUUAUUUAUAAAGAGUUAAUAAGCUGUGUGAAACUUCAUCAACGUCUCAUUUAUUUUGCUAAUAGAAUUAACGAUUUAGUGCACACUCCAAUAUUCAUGUUUACUUUUUCAGGGGUUGUUGUAGGAGUCGCCCUGAUUUAUUUUUUGAAAAGUAGCAUUCAAUACAUAACCACUAGUUUGGUUUUAUCACUUAUUACACUUAUUAUUUCCACAACAUUAAUAAUGACUGGUCAGUUGCUAGUAGACGAAACAGAAAAUAUUUAUGUUUCGCUCACUAAUCUACCCUGGUAUUCUUUAAAUGUCCAAAACAGACGAGUUGUUUUUGCCAUGCUUAUACAAAGUCAGAAAAAUAUCCAGAUGUCUGCUUCAGGAUUAAUUUCAUUAAAUUAUCAAGUCACAAUUGUGCUUUUCCGUUGCAUUUACGGUGCUAUUACAUUUUUAGUUAAUAUGGGGCUAUAA